UACAAAUACAUUUCUGCAGACCUUUCUUCAUUCCUUACUCUACUCUGAUUUCCCUCAUUUUCCUCAUUCCUUCAACCAUGUCUGUUAUCCAAAAACACACUCACUCUUUACAAGAACUAAACCCUGAGAAGGAGAGUUGGAAUAUCCUUGCAAGAGUUGUAAGUUUAUGGUUUGUUGAAGAUUACACAAAAGGAAAAACUCCAUUUUCCAUGGAAAUUGUUCUUCAAGACCAAGAGGGUGUACUAAUCCAUGCAUCUGUUAGACGCACAUUGAUAUACAAAUUCCAGUCUGAAAUCAAAGAGGACAAGGUUUACACCAUCCAAUCUUUCAGUGUUUCAUGUAAUGGUGGUUCUUAUAGAGCCACAAAACAUGCCUAUAAGAUCAACUUCCAAUUUGGAACCAAGGUCAAUAUGGUGCAAAGUACCUUAGUUCCGAAAACUACAACUUCAUACACCCCUUUCUCAACCAUCAUAGCUGAUGGUUUUGACACAGAUUACUUAGUUAAUGUGAUUGGGAUGUUUACUGGUGUUGGAACAAAGCGGGAGCUAGAGAAAGCUGGUAAGAAAACCAAAAUGAAUGUCAUCCUUAUUGAAGCUGAUGGUCUAUGCUUUCAAGCUUUUGAUAGAACAUUGAGAGACAUUAUGAGAGCUACGAAUCAACAUAAUGCUGACAAACCAUUUGGUGGAAAGGUGGUGGUCUUGGGCGGUGAUUUUAGACAAAUCUUGCCAGUAGUAAGAAAGGGAUCAAGGUAUGAUAUUGUGAACUCAUCAAUUAACUAUUCUGAUUUGUGGCAAUAUUGCACAGUUCUUAAGCUAUCACAAAACAUGAGGUUAAAGACUGCUAUUUCAAAUGAAAGUGCAAAAGAUAUAAAAGAAUUUGCUGAUUGGAUUCUUAAAAUUGGAGAUGGAAAUAUGAAUUUGAAUGAAAGUGGUGAAGCCAACCUUUCAAUACCAACAGAUCUUCUAAUUCAGGAAAGUGAAACACCUUUACUUUCUUUAGUCAAAUUUGUUUAUGGUGGUCUAAUUGAAAAUAUCAUGACUCCUGGAUUCUUUGAUGAUGGUGCAAUACUUUGCCCUACAAUUGAUAGUGUUGAACAAGUAAAUGACUUUAUUUUAUCUUUGAUUCCUGGUGAAGAAAAAGUUUAUUUAAGUUCAGACACUCCUUGCCAAUCUGAUGAUGAUCAAGAAAUUCAAGGUGAGUGGUUUACUCAAGAGUUUCUGAAUGAUAUUAAAUGUUCAGGAAUUCCAAAUCAUAGGAUUAAAUUGAAAAUUGGCGUACCAAUUAUGCUUUUAAGAAACAUUGAUCAAGCAAAUGGUCUGUGCAAUGGUACAAGGUUGCAAGUUAAUGAUUUGGGAAAGAAUGUUAUCUCUGCUACAGUAAUAACUGGCAAAAAUGUUGGUGACAAAAUAUUCAUACCAAGAAUGAACUUGACACCUUCUGAUUCCAGCAUCCCGUUCAAAUUUCAAAGGAGGCAAUUUCCAAUAUCCUUAUGCUUUGCGAUGACAAUAAACAAAAGCCAAGGUCAAACUCUUUCUAAAGUUGGACUUUAUCUUCCUCGCCCAGUUUUUACUCAUGGACAAUUGUACGUAGCAGUUUCUAGAGUCACAUCAAAGAAAGGACUAAAAAUCUUAAUUCUGGAUGAAGAUGGAAAAGUAACCACUACAACUACAAAUGUGGUUUACAAAGAAAUCUUUGAAAAUCUUUGA